GAUCACGUUAACUGGCUGAUAUCUCGUAGAACAAUUAUCUCAUGUGUUACUUUCCCCAGUUUCUGUGUUGUUGUGGGUUUGUAUGUGUGUGUAUUUCAGGAAAUGGCUUCCUGGAAUCCUAAAGCAACUGAUUGGUCGGCCCCAUCGCUGGCUAGACCUCUGACCCCUCCCUCUCAUUAGGGGAAACAGCUCCAAUUACCAACUCCUUCUCCAGCUUGGUUUCCUUUGUCAGAAGAGAGCUUCUUUUUAUGUCCUGUGUUGAUAUUUGUGGCGGUCAGUGAAACGUUUGUGGAUAUUAUUUUGUAGCCGCUCCUUCUGAGGUAUGUGUAUGCCAAUAGGACUUAGUGAACCAUUUCAAUAACCAAAAACACUAUAAGUAAUUAUUCUGUUUCACUUGUUCCUGGAGGGGAAGGGGAACGCACCUUGGGAGUGUUUAGGCAAGAGGACUGAAGGAAUACAUAACCCAUAGUAUUUAAUCUGUCUAUGCACACUAGGUAAGACCUGGGUGGACCACCCCCUGUAUUUUGGUUAGCGUGCCAGAUGGUGCUAAAGGUUAGGGAACUAGUGGUAAGAUAGGAGAGGGGUCUCUAACUAGUACUUUUUUUGCUUUGGUUCCAUCCAGAUCCUUUUCCCCACCUUACUGUGUUAAGGAAUAAUACAUUCCUUGUAAAUUGUAUUUUUCUCGUCCUGUCACCCUUCCCUGCACCUACGAUCACAUACUUCUUCACUCCACGAGGAGUUAAGGUGUAGCAGGAUGUUCCUCCAGGAGGCGUACGUAACACAUACGUGAAUGGAUAAUCUAUCUGGCACCACUAUGAUGUGUCAGGGCAGAAGAGUCCUGCUCGCAUGGAUAAGUCUGAGCCUGUUUGUGAGUUUCCAUACAGUCGAAGGCGACAGAGAGAGCCUCUUCCAGCUUCAUACUAGUUAUGGUCAGCUGGAGGGCAGACUGGUCAGAGUGAGAGAGAGCCAGAGGAAGGUGGCUGCCUACCUGGGGAUCCCCUUCGCUGAGCCCCCUGUCGGGCCCCUGAGGUUCCAGGCCCCCCGGCCUCCCCGGGUGUGGCAGGGACUAAGAGAUGCCAAGGCUUACCCCCCUCUGUGUCUGCAGAACAUGAACCACACUAGACAAAUGGUGGACCUGUACGGAGGUCGGUUCCCUGUCCUAACCACCUCAGAGGACUGCCUUUACCUGAACAUCUACACACCAGUCAAACCUGGGGACCCAAGGAAACUACCAGUGAUGAUUUGGAUCCAUGGUGGAGGCUUUCUCAUGGGAGGGGCUUCACUCUAUGAUGGCUCCUCAUUGGCUGCCUUCGGGGAUGUUGUGGUGGUCAUCAUUCAAUACCGUCUGGGUAUCCCAGGGUUCCUCAGCACAGGGGAUGGCCAGUACCCCGGGAACGUGGGUAUUCUGGACCAGGUGUGUGCCCUGCACUGGGUGCAGGAGACCAUCAGCAGUUUUGGGGGAGACCCAGGAUCUGUCACCAUUUUUGGAGAGUCUGCUGGGGGUGUUGCCAUCUUUUUACAUAUGAUGUCCCCUCUGUCAUCAGGACUGUUCCACAAGGCCAUCAGUCAGAGUGGAGUACCCCUCAUUUCUCUGUUCAUCCAGGAUGACCCCAAACCUACUGCACAGCUGGUGGCACAGAGAGCAGGAUGUCCCAGUGAUGACUCUGCAGAGCUCAUGACCUGCCUCAGCACCCUCAGCCCACAAGACAUAGAGGCGGCUACACCUGCAAUGGGGGAUAUGGUUCUGUCUGUGCACAGGGAUGGGACAGUCAUCCCUACCAACCUGGAGGAAGUCCUGCAGACCAAGAGCUUCCUGGGUUUCCCCAGGAUCAUAGGGGUCAACAACCAUGAGUAUGGAUGGAUGCUCCCACAUUUUUUCCUUUUUCCUGGAUGGGAUCUUGGAAUGACCCGUGAAAACAUGAUGAUGAUCCUGGCGUUUAUGCUUCAGGAACUGCGUAUGCCAGACUCUGCCCUGGGGAUCAUCGUAGGGGAGUACUUUGGUGACAUGAAGGACCCCGUGGGGAUCAGAGAUGCCUUCUUGGAGCUUAUGGGAGAUCUACUGAUUGUGGUCCCUGGGAUCGAGGAAGCCAGAAGGUGUAGAGAUGCUGGUUGCUUGAUCUACUACUACGAGUUCCAGCAGCGCCCCUCCAUGUUCACGUCCAGCAGGCCAGGCUUUGUGAAAGCAGACCACUUUGAUGAGGUUGGCUUUGUGUUUGGCGCCCCCUUUUGGACAGAUGACAUAGUGAUGUUAGAUAACACGACAGAUGAGGAACGACAGCUUAGCAGGACCAUGAUGAAAUACUGGACUAACUUUGCCAGAACAGGUAACCCUAACGGAGAGAAUAUGUUUGAUUGGCCAACAUUCACCACAGAAGAAGAGUGUCUACUGAUCCAGGCCAACCUCGGGCUGGGCAGUGUCUCAGAGAAGAAGAGAGCCCAGUUCUGGACCGAAGACUUCCCCAAAGGACUGCAGACUGCUGGACACAAAGAUGCACACAAUGACCUGUAGAGCUGAAUUUUCACUGUGUCAAAUGCUGUUCUAGGAGUGUCCAUGUUGUUUCCCUCCACUCCAGUGAUGUCAGUCUGCUAUUAGGUUACAGUAUAUGAGGCUUUCUUUGCCUUUUCCUUAUUUUGUAUCAUAUUUUGGCCAUUUUAAUAUUCCAGAUUUUCUGUAGUGGUUUGCUCUUCUAUUUUAUAUAUUAAUUGUUUUUGAUAUUGUGUAGCCUAUUUUUUUUUUUAUCUUGCUGUGCAUAUGCCCAAUUAAAGCCAUACAAUCCAUAAA